GGCAGACACUUAAAGAGAGAGAAGAGUUUCCCACAGAGCAUGGCCUCUGCAAAAGAAGAUGACAUGGAUGAAAGAACGGUGGAGAUUAAAGAAGAGAACUGUGAGUGGCUCACAUCGGAGGAUGUGCGUGUGAAGCUGGAGGAUCACAAAGAAAGAAUUUCAGUUUUUAAAGAGGAGGAGGAGUGCGAGGGGGCGACUGCUGCCAUUAAACUCGAGGAUUUGAAUGAUUUCCCAGGUGGUCUUGAAAUUCAAAAACAUGAAACUGAAGAUAUUUUCAAGCAAGGUGCCUGUGAAGAAUCUCCAUCCAAUUUACAUCCCUGGUCCACUAAUACUGGACGACUGGUCACGCAGGAUAAUUCUACAGAGCUUAAAUCAGAGUUACCGGAGUCUGAAGAGAAAAUCACCAAGGGAAAUGGGAGAGAAGAAGAAGAGUCACCUGGGAGUGUUGGAAUAAAUUUACAGAAGAAUGGCAGCUUCUUUCCACCUUCAUUUGGUCAGCCCUCUCCUCAAUACAAUGAGAAAGGUAUGAAGAAAUCAGCAAGAGGAUCAGAGAGCCUUACAGCCUUUUUGCAGUGCAGUUCUCUCCCUGCUACUGGAGUAACACAGACAGAAGCCAUCAAAACUGAUAGAGAGCAAGUGGAGAAAGAAAUCCAAAUUCAUAUUGGAAAAAAAUAUUUGGAAUGUGGCAAACAAUUCACACAUAAAAGUGAUCUUAAUAAGCAUAUGAAAAUUCACACUGGAGAAAAAACAUAUUGUAAUGAAUGUGGUAAGUCUUUCCAAAGCAGAAGCGAUCUUCAGAACCACAGAAUAAUCCACACAGGAGAAAAACCUCAUUGCUGUUUAGAAUGUGGUAAGUCGUUCUCUAGGAGAAGCAAUCUUCAGAACCACAGAAGAAUCCACACAGGAGAAAAACCUCAUUGCUGUCCAGAAUGUGGCAAAUCGUUCUCAUGGAGAAGUGAACUUGAGUGGCACAAAACAACUCACACAGCAGAAAAACCUCAUUGCUGUCCAGAAUGUGGCAAAUCAUUCUCAUGGAGAAGCAAUCUUCAGAACCACAGAAGAAUCCACACAGGAGAAAAACCUCAUUGUUGCCCAGAUUGUGAUCUUACCUCAGAUUUUGAUGCCGUGGAUCUUACAAUUCUUAUAUCCUGCCUUGAACAGUAUGUAGGCAUCCAAGGAAAUGCCCUGAAAUUUAAGCAAUAG